GUCGUUACCUCGACCGCUCACGCGAUUCAACCAGAAUAUCUGAUUGAAGACGGUGCAUGUCUCUUCCCCGCCCUACUUAUCGUAGGGUCUGUCUCCCGGGGGUCUUGAUACAGCUCAAUUCGUCACGCUCUCCCAGUCCGAUUGUACAUGCAGUUUUACACGACUCAAAGCUUCACAUUUAAAAAAUCUUCGCUUCCAUGCAUUCUAGGAAAUUCCGCUUCCACAUUGGACCAUCUUUCCUACCAACCAGUCUUUUGGAUUUCAGAUUCAUCUACAGAGCUCUCAGCUUGUCCACUCGAUAAGAGCUUGGAGUACUCUACGGGUUGCUACUCUUUAACCACGCAACGAUUCUCAUGCCCAGCACCCAGAAUCCUCAUGGAUUUCAGAUUCAUCUGCAGAGCUAUGAGCUUGUCCACUCAGUAAGAGCUUGGAGUACUCUACGGGUUGCUACUCUUUAACCACGCCACGAUUCUCAUGCCCAGCACCAAGAAUUCUCAUGGAUUGCAGAUUCAUCUGCAGAGCUAUGAGCUUGUGCACUCAGUAAGAGCUUGGAGUACUCUACGGGUUGCUACUAUUUAACCACGCAACGAUUCUCAUGCCCAGCACCCAGAAUCGUCAUGGAUUUCAGAUUCAUCUGCAGAGCUAUGAGCUUGUCCACUCAGUAAGAGCUUGGAGUACUCUACGGGUCACUACUCUUGAACACGCAACGAUUCUCAUGCCCAGCACCCAGAAUCCUCAUGGAUUUCAGAUUCAUCCGCAGAGCUAUGAGCUUGUCCACUCAAGCUUGGAGUACUCUACGGGUCACUACUCUUGAACCACGCAAAGAUUCUCAUGCCCAGCACCCAGAAUUCGCAUGGAUUUCAGAUUCGUCUGCAGAGCAAUGAGCUUGUCCAUUCAGUAAGAGCUUGGAGUUCUCUGUGGGUCGCUACUCUUGAACCACACAAGAAUUCUCAUGCCCAGCACACACAUGCACAUGAGUUGUGACAUGAGUUAAAGUUUAGUUCUCCUCGUGAGCCUGCGGAUCGAGGAGAGGGUCUCCUGUAGCCGCGUUCACAUUUCAGCCGCGCAAACUUUCUUGCUGUUUGACAAGGGAGCAGACAAUUGAAGCUGCAGGUGUGUCCAUCGUCAGUGACGCUGCUCAACUUGCGACUAGGGGAAUGGACUCGUCAGACGAGGAGUGGGACUUGUCAGGCGAGGAGAUGGACCCGGCAGACGAGGAACCGGAGCUUCCUUCCGCUGUCCAGGAACUUAUACAGAAACUGGAAGACAAAGCCAAGCCUUUACGGCGGCUUCUCAGAUUAAGCUCUCCAGAUCUUCAGGAAUUUUUUCCGGAACAUGCAUCGCUCUCGACGAUCAUAGGGUGGCGAAGAAAAGUGCGCCUUCGAGUGCUGGAGGCAUUCGGCAGCUGCAACACCUUUCAUUCUCUGGACGUAGAUAUUGUUUUUGGAGGAGAUAUAUCGAGGUUGUUAGGUUGGGAGUGGGAAAUACUUUUGAGAGGUUUUAGGAGUAGCACCAUUCUACGAGCGAUAAGAGUUAGAGAAUUGAGAUGGAAUUCACCUGAGGAAGUGGAGAGCUUAUGUAAAGAGCUGGGGGAAAUUUUGAAGAACUCCAGUGUGGAAGUUUUGACAAUAGUCAAUUGCAGAUUGAGUGCCACAUGUUUCUUGAAUCUCGAAUCAGGACUGCGAGAAAGUGACAAGUCUAAACUCGAGUCUUUAGAACUACAUAAUGCAUGGAAGCCGGGGUACUCGGAUGCGGUGCACCAAGUGGUUCACAUGAUCAACAGUGCUACUCGAUUAGAAACUUUGGAAAUAGGGCGUUCAGGGGGGGACAUGUACAACAUGGAUGAGAAUGACAAAAAAAUCUUGUCACAGGCUUUAAUCAAAAACUCGUCUUUGAAAAAAUUGGUUCUAAAUGAGGUGAAGGGCCAAGCGUCGGCCUUCUUGCUGAGGGCAUUCGAUGCACGUUAUGGCAAUGAAGCUAUUGAAUGUCUUCAUCUAACAUUCAUGUCUGGACUCGGAGACUGUUUAGGAGAACUUCUGAGAUCCAACCCAUACUUGAAGGAAGUGACGUUGACCGCCAUCGACUUGCUUCCCGAGAAAUGGCACCAACUGGGCAAAGCCAUAAGCGAGAAUGCUACAGCAAGAACUAUUCGCGUAAUCCAUUCCAUGGAUUACAAAGAUUCCUUCACAGAGAAGGGAGUUGAAGACUUUGCGUGUGGUGCUAGCUUUGAUGUCAAGGUCCCCACAGUGGAGCUGAUAAUCACAUUCAAGAAUUACGAUGCAUUGAUGUCAGCACUCGACUUUGUGGGUAGGGUAUUGCGCGGAAACAUCAAAUCUCUAGAAUCUUUGAUUCUAAUUCUAGAAUGUUCUUGCCCUUCAGGCAGCAACCAUGAUAUAAAGAAAAGUAAGGUCCCCAUGGAUGGAAAUCCUGGAGAAACUUCAGUCCUGAAGAGACUGAAGUUAUUUGUUAAAAGCAGAGAUACUUUGAAGGGAGUGUGGAAGUACCUGCUUUGUUGCUUGCGGGAGAACACAAGUGUCACUCACUUGGAUUUGUGUAACUCCGGACUCGAUGACGAGGCGUUCAGGGAACUGAUGGGUAUGUUGCAAGUGAAUUUGACGCUCCAGCAAAUAGAUGUCUCACGAACCGCAUGGGCAAACGAGGGGAAGUCGGCGAAGAUUGAAGAGUUGCUCAAGCAGAACCAGGAGCGGGCCGCGUACAUGUCCGUCUUCAGAGAAGCAGAAUUAACAUUUGGAGAUGCAAAAGCUGGUCAACUAUUUUUAUGCGGCUCUCCUAGAGCAGGCAAGACUCGACUGCGUCGAACCCUGAUGAAGAUAAUCCAAAGUUCGAGCAAAGUUCGAAACUUUUCCACAAAAUUUGUGGAACAGUUUGUGCGAAAGUCUGAGAGAAUCUCAGACUCAAUGCAAAUCUCAAUUUGGGAUUUUGUUACCCCUCAACAUGAGAUCUUCCCUCAAACCUCCAACUUUUGUAUUUUUCAAUUUGUGUAUAGCCCCUUUUGUCAGAGAACAUCUAGCAUCAAACCUGAUAAUUGUUUUCUGGAAGAGUUGAAAAAAUGUAUCAGGUUUAUCACAUCCCACACUAGAUAUAGUCCUCCACAAGUUCUUGUUGUGAUGUCACACAAGGAUAAAGUCAAAGACAAAUCUUUCACUUGGGCUAAUACCAGAGUGGACGAGGUCACAACAAGCUUCACAAAUGUUGUGAAGCUCAACCAAGAGUGGUUUCAUGUGGAUGCUCGGGAACAGAAGCAAGUUCUUCCUGUCAAAGAUCACAUUUUUAACAUCUUGAAGGUGUUCUUGACAGAAAAUUCUCCACGGGUUCCCCAUUUGUGUUCCAAACUCACAUCCUGCUUAGUUACACAAACCAAAAAGGGAAAGUGCCCUGUUUGGUCAUCCAAAGAGUUUCAUGACUUUUGUGAUCCCAUCUUGAGAAAAUUCAAUCCUACUCCCUCUGUUGAUCAUUCAAGGAUAAUUAGAUCAAUCAUAUCUUAUAUGAAUGAUGUUGGAUCCAUCAUAUACAUACCCAACGUCGAGUACAUUAUUGUGGAUCCCAACUGGCUGACACAUACACUUUUGAGUGAUUUGGGUCAACACUUUCAAGCUCAAAAGACCGAAUCUUUUGAUGGAUCAAGCUGUGACACAAGCAAGGACGGAUAUGUGAGUGAGAGUGUCUUUGUUCGGUGGACAGAGGAGUUUCUACGAAAACAACCACAUGGACAGAAAGGUGUGAAUAGAGAGAUGCUUGAAAACAUCCUCAUCAAUUUACUUUUGUGUGACAAGCUGGAAGAUACUUCUGAGUAUUUCCUUGCUUGCUUCAUCCCUGAGAAUCCAAGCAUGGAGAAACACAGGCCUGAAGAAGGAAAAGCUGAAGAAGAAGAUGGAAAAGAUGAAGAUGGAGAAGGAGAAAAUGAAAAAGAAGAUGGAGAAGUAGAAGAUGAAGAAGAUGCAUCUUCAUCUUCUUCUUCUUGUGAUGAAGAUGGUGAAGAUUCUUUUCAGUGUAUCAUUACUUCUUUUGACUCUAAACGUGCAAGCAUGGAGGAACAGAAGCAUAAAGAAGGGGCACAUGAGUCGAUGUAUGGGCAAAAUAUGGAUGAUACUUCACAGGUUGUCGGCAUUCGAAUUCAAUCUCAAAAUGAAGAUGGAGAAGAUGAUGGAAAAGAUGAAGAAGAUGAUGAAAAAGAUGGAGAAGGAGACGAAAAAGAUGGAGAAGGAGAAGAUGAUGGAAAAGAUGAAGAAGAUGAUGGAAAAGAUGGAGAAGGAGACGAAAAAGAUGAAGAAGGAGAAGAUGAUGGAAAAGGAGAAGAUGAAGGAGAAGAUGAACAUGGUGUAGAAGGAGAAGAUGAAGAAGAAGAUGGAAAAGAUGAAGAUGAAGAAGGUGGAGGAGAAGAUGAAGAAUCCAUCUACUUCUCUUGUGAAGAAGAUGAAGAUGGAGAAGGUGGAGGAAAAAAUGAAGAAGAUACAUCCAUCUUCUUCUUUUGUGAAGAAGAUGAUGGAGAAGAUGAAGAAGAUGAAUCCAUCUUCUUCUCUUGUGAAGAAGAUGAUGGAGAAAGAGAAAAUGAAGAAGGAAAAGAUGAAGAAGAAGAUGGUGAAGAUACUUCUCAGCAUGUCAUUCCUUCUUUUGACUCUAAGCGUGCAAGCAUGGAGAAACAGAAGCAUGAAGAACGGGGUCAUCAGUCGAUGGAUUGGUACAAUAGGGAUGACAAUUCACAAUUUGUCGGCAUUCGGAUUCAAUGCCAAGAUGAAAGAACAAUGUCACUUACUGCUGCUUUUUUUCUACGCUUCCAGAUGUUCAUGAGACGCAAGUUGAUUUCCGAGAUCGAUGUUUCCAAGGAGUCUGUGACUUGCUCUCGUCAGUAUCUGCGACUCUUCUUGGAUGGACAUCAAAUUUAUGUCCAGCAAGGAAGGAACCACGAGUAUGUUGAUGUUCUCAUGUUAUGCUCAAAGCGUAAGAAGGAGCUGGCGCGGAGAUACAUGAUGAAGCAUAUUGUCGGGGAGUUGAUAUCAUUUUGCGCAUCAACCAACGGAUGUCCCGGUGUGGCGUUAGUGCUCGGUGUAAUCCAAACACUUUGCGUGGAGAUGCUGAAUCCGAGUCAUCUGAGAGAGGCAAUUCUGAUCGAGAAGCUGAAAUCAGACUUCAUUCGUAGCAUCAAUGACAAACUUGAAGAAAUGACGUUGGAAAGUUCCCACUUGGUGAAGAAGGAAGAGUUGUUCAACUAUGAGCACCGUUGGGCUCCGUAUGAAAGCGGAAUAUCCGAACGAGCUAGGGAUUUGUUGUGGCAGAGCGAUGUGGAAGCGGUUGUGAAUUGCAUUCGACAGAAACAAAUUCAAAAGUUAGAGUCAUUGCAGGAAGGUCUAAAUAGCGUGGACAGUGAUUUGGCUCAAUCGAGCUGGUUGAGUCAGGCAAGCACAAUGAAAGAUUACAAACCAUCUACAUCCAAGUGGUUGAGUCAGGAAAGCACAAGUGUGGAAAAUCGUUCGACCGGAAUUGUUCUGAGAUUGGAUAUACAUAUCCUGGAUAUGGAGAUGCAGAGGUUGGAGAUGAAGGAGAUGAAGAUUGGAGAGACACUCUCUCUGCAGAGAUUGGAGAUGAUGGAGAUGAAGAUGGAACAGAUCCUCUCUCUGCAGAGAGAGUAUCUGCUGCAGCAAGAACUGCAGACAAAGCACUCAGAGAUGACUACAGCAAUGCUGAGUGCUAUCAAUUCUGAAGUGGACAAGAGGCCGCGAGGCAAAAAUUCUUCCUAUCUGACAAGGGAGCAGACAAUCAAACCUGCAGGUGUGUCCAUCGUCAGUGACGACGCUGCUGAACUUGCGACCAGGGGAAUGGACUCGGAAGACGAGGAACCGGGGCUUCUUCCUUCCGAAGUGGACAAGAGGCCGCGAGGCAAAAAUUCUUCCUAUCUGACAAGGGAGCAGACAAUCAAAGCUGCAGGUGUGUCCAUCGUCAGUGACGACGCUGCUGAACUUGCGACUAGGGGAAUGGACUCGGAAGACGAGGAACCGGGGCUUCUUCCUUCCGAAGUGGACAAGAGGCCGCGAGGCAAAAAUUCUUCCUAUCUGACAAGGGAGCAGACAAUCAAAGCUGCAGAUGUGUCCAUCGUCAGUGACGACGCUGCUGAACUUGCGACUAGGGGAAUGGACUCGGAAGACGAGGAACCGGGGCUUCUUCCUUCCGAAGUGGACAAGAGGCCGCGAGGCAAAAAUUCUUCCUAUCUGACAAGGGAGCAGACAAUCAAAGCUGCAGGUGUGUCCAUCGUCAGUGACGACGCUGCUGAACUUGCGACUAGGGGAAUGGACUCGGAAGACGAGGAACCGGGGCUUCUUCCUUCCGAAGUGGACAAGAGGCCGCGAGGCAAAAAUUCUUCCUAUCUGACAAGGGAGCAGACAAUCAAAGCUGCAGAUGUGUCCAUCGUCAGUGACGACGCUGCUGAACUUGCGACUAGGGGAAUGGACUCGGAAGACGAGGAACCGGGGCUUCUUCCUUCCGAAGUGGACAAGAGGCCGCGAGGCAAAAAUUCUUCCUAUCUGACAAGGGAGCAGACAAUCAAAGCUGCAGGUGUGUCCAUCGUCAGUGACGACGCUGCUGAACUUGCGACUAGGGGAAUGGACUCGGAAGACGAGGAACCGGGGCUUCUUCCUUCCGAAGUGGACAAGAGGCCGCGAGGCAAAAAUUCUUCCUAUCUGACAAGGGAGCAGACAAUCAAAGCUGCAGAUGUGUCCAUCGUCAGUGACGACGCUGCUGAACUUGCGACUAGGGGAAUGGACUCGGAAGACGAGGAACCGGGGCUUCUUCCUUCCGAAGUGGACAAGAGGCCGCGAGGCAAAAAUUCUUCCUAUCUGACAAGGGAGCAGACAAUCAAAGCUGCAGGUGUGUCCAUCGUCAGUGACGACGCUGCUGAACUUGCGACUAGGGGAAUGGACUCGGAAGACGAGGAACCGGGGCUUCUUCCUUCCGAAGUGGACAAGAGGCCGCGAGGCAAAAAUUCUUCCUAUCUGACAAGGGAGCAGACAAUCAAAGCUGCAGAUGUGUCCAUCGUCAGUGACGACGCUGCUGAACUUGCGACUAGGGGAAUGGACUCGGAAGACGAGGAACCGGGGCUUCUUCCUUCCGCUGUCAAGGACCUUAUAUGGCGUCUGGAAGGCAGAGCCCAGCCUUUACCGUGGCUUUCCACAUUAAGCUCUCCAGAAUUUCAGGAAUUUUUUCCGGAACCUGCAUCGCUCUCGACGAUCAAAGGGUGGCGAGGAGAAGUGCGCCUUCGAGUGCUGGAGGCAAUCGGCAGCUGCAACACCUUUCAUUCUCUGGAUGUACAAGAUAUUUUUGGCGGAGAUAUAUCGAGGUUGACGGCUAGCGAGUGGGAAUUACUUUUGAGAGGUUUUAGGUGGAGCACCGUUCUACGAGCGAUAAGAGUUGAAGGAUUGAGAUGGAGCUCACUUGCGGAAGUGGAGAACUUAUGUUUACAGCUGGGGAGAAUUUUGAAUUUUUCUAGUGUGAAAGAUUUGAGAAUAGUCAAUUGCAGAUUGAAUGCCAGAUGUUUCUUGAAUCUCGCAUCCGGACUGUAUGACAGACUGUCUGAGUCUGAGCUCGAGUCUUUAGAACUACGUGAUGCAUGGGAGGACUCCAGUGUGGUGAAGCAUAUGGCUGACAUGAUCAAAUGUGCUACUCGAUUAGAAACUUUGGAAAUAGGGGAUUCAGGGGGCCGCCUGUACGACAUGGAUGAGGAGGCCACUACAACCCUGUCGCAUGCUUUGAUGCGGAGCUGGUCUUUAAAAAAAUUGGUUCUGAAGGAGGUGAAGGAUGAAGCGUCGGCCUUCUUGCUAAAAGCAUUGAAUGCAGAUGAUGGCAAUCAAACUAUUGAAUGUCUUCAUCUAAUUUCCGUGUCUGGACUGGGAGACUGUUUACGAGAAAUUCUGAGAUCCAACACAUACGUGAAGGAAGUGACGUUGACCGCCUUCGACAUGCGUCCCGAGGAAGGGCGCCAACUGGGCGAAGCCAUACGCGAGAAUGCUACAGCAAGAACUAUUCGCGUAACCCAUUCCAUUCGUCACAAAGAUGACUUCAAGGGAGUAGAAGAGCUUGCGUGUGCUGCUAGCUCCACUAACAAGGACCCCAGAAUGGAGAUGAUAAUCACAUUUUACGAUUACAAUGCAUAUAUGUCAGCACUCAACUUUGUGGUUAGGGUAUUGCGCGGAAACAUCAAAUCUGUAGAAUCUUUGAUUCUAAUUCUAGAAUGUUCUUGCCCUUCAGGCAGCAACCAGGAUAGAAUGGAAAGUAUCGUCCCCAUGGAUGGAAAUCUUGGAGAAACUUCAGUCCUGAAGAGACUGAGAUUAUAUGUUGACAGCAAAGAUAAUUUGAAGGGAGUGUGGAAGUACCUGCUUUGUUGCUUGCGGGAGAAUACAAGUGUCACUCACUUGGAUUUGUGUAACUCCGGACUCGAUGACGAGGCGUUCAAGGAACUGAUGGGUGUCUUGCAAGUCAACUUGACUCUCAAGCAAAUAGAUGUAUCAGGAACCUCAUGGGCAAUAGACGGAAAGGCGACGCUGAUUCAAAUGGCCCUCGAGCAGAACCAGAAGCGGGGUGUCUACAUGGCCGUGUUCCGAGAGGCCAGAUUAGCAUUUGGAGAUGCAAAAGCAGGUCGAAUCUUUUUAUGCGGCUCUCCUCUAGCAGGCAAGACUCAAUUGCGUCAAACCUUGAUGGGGAAAGUUCAAGGCAAGAGUUGGCUUAAGGAUAAAUUUCCGGAGUUGUUCAAAACUACAGGAAUUCAAGUGGAGUUUUUACAAAACAAUGAGGAUAAGCAAAUCUCAAUUUGGGAUGUUCCGGGACAAGAAAUUUUUCGUACUCUUCAAAAUGUGCUCUUUCCUCGAACCAGCAACUUUUCUCUAUUUCUCUUUGUGUAUAGUACUUUCUGUGAGAAAACCUCGUCCAAGCCAGACCACUGUUUGCAAUCAGAGUUGGAGGAUUGGUUGAAUUUGAUCACAUCCUGCACUAGGGUCACAGGACAUAAUCUUCCACAAGUUCUUGUUGUGAUUUCACACAAGGAUAAAGCCACAAGCACGUCUCUGAGUUGGGCUCACGACAGAAUGGAAUAUCUGACCAAAAGAUUUGCAAACUUUGUGGAUGUCCUUCCUAUUCAAGAGUGUUCUUAUAUAGAUGCUCGAAAGAAGAACCAAGUUGUUCCUCUCAAAAAUCACAUUUUUCAUAUCUUUGAAAAAUUGUUGAGUGAAAAGUCCCCACGGGUUCCUAAAUUGUGUUUUCAACUCUCCUCCCUCUUGGUUACAAACACCAAGGAGCACAUAACUUGCCCUAUUUGGACAUAUCAAAGAUUUUGUGACUUCUGUGCCCCUAGCUUGAAAAAACUUAUUCCAUCUUCUUCUGCUCACUCCGUUGAUCAUUCAAGUAUAAUUCGUUCUAUCAUAUUAUAUUUGAAUGAAGUUGGAUCCAUAGUUCAUAUUCCCAACCUUGAUUAUAUCAUCGUGAAUCCGAAUUGGCUCACGAAUACAUUCUUGGGUAAGGUCAUAGGUUUGGAUCAAAAGUCUAAGUAUUCUGAUAGAAAUAGAUCAUACACAAGCACAAACGGAUUUGUGAGUGAGAGUAUCUUUGCUCGGUUGAUAGAAGAGUUUCUAAAAAAGCAACCACACGUAGAGAAGAUUGUAGACAGACAUGUGAUCGAAAACAUCCUUAUCAAUUUGGAUUUGUGUUUCAAGCUCGAAGAUUCUUCUCAGUAUUUUAUUCCCUCCUUCAUACCUGAAGGGUCGGCGGUAGAGUCAAUGGCUUGGCAAAGUAGAGUUAAGUCUUCACAAUUUGUGGGCAUCCGGAUUCAAUGCCAAGAUGCAAGAACAAUGUCAUUCACCGCAGGUUUUUUUCCAUGCUUCCAGAUGUUCAUGAGAAGCAAGUUGAUAUCGGAGAUGCAUGUACCCAAGGAGAUUGUGACUUGCACUCGCCAUUAUCUGUGCACUAUCCUUGACGGGCAUGAAAUUUAUGUGGAGCAAGGCACAUCCUACAAAUAUGUGGAUGUUCUGAUGUUAUGCUCGAAGUAUAAGUCAAGAAAGACAGCUCUGAAAUACGUGAUGAAGCAUAUCAUCCAAGAGUUGAUAUCAUUUUGCGCAUCACCAAAAGGUUGUUCCGAGGUGGCGUUAGAGCGCGGUGUGAUCCAAACACUUUGCGUGGAGCGGCUGUAUCCGAGUCAUCUUAGACAAGCCAUUCUAGUCGAGACGCUGAAAUCGGACUUCAUUCAUAGCAUCAAUGACAAACUUGAGGAAAUGCCGUUGGGAAGUCUGCACUUGACUGAAGAAGAGUUGUUAAGCUAUGAGCACUUUUGGCCCUUAAUAGAAGGGCACACAUCAGAGUACACAAGCGAAAGAGCGACGGAGUUGCUGUGCGAGAGCGAUGUGGAAGCGGUUGUGAAUGAGAUUCGACAAAAACAAAUGCAGCGAUUGGAGUCAUUGCAGAAAGGUUUAUUUAGCGUGGAGAAUGAUUUGGCUCAGUUCUGCAAACCAUCUACAUCCAGGCGCUUGAGCGGAUCCAGCAAAAGUGUGGAGAAUCGUUCGACCCAACUUAUUUCGUUUGAGCUCGAUCAGAUAAGAGGAGGUUUGGAUGAGAUAUUGAGAUCAAGUGCGAGCAUUGAGCUGAGAGAUGGCAUGGAGAUGACGAGGGGACAGAUACUCUCUCGGCACCAACAACUGCAGUCCACGUUGAGUGCCUUCAUAUCUAAAGUGGACAGAAUCAUUGAGUAUUCUACAGCGCUUGUGAAUACUAGAACGCCAAAGCGACCUUAUGUCACAAACGAUGUUGGACUUUUCUAUAAGAUGAGUGCACAUUUGGAUAACGGGACAAUUAUUCGCUUGCACUUUAUGUGUGAGUCCGUGAGUGGGUUUCACACUGUCGAAGAUCAAGAAGGUUUGAGAAUACGCUUGGAUUCGAAGAAUAGGUCGUGGAUUCAGAAAAUUAUUGAAAUUUCAUACAAAGUCAUAUAUUAUGCUGUGAAGUCUGGACUGCAUAAGACUUACAAUUUAGGCCAAGCUAUUCCGGAUGGGGAAGAUUUAGAACCUGCUAUUGUCACACUAGACGGUAUUGAUCAUAGGGAAUUUCGAACAGGUGGGGAGAGCAAGGAGCUGCAAGAAGCAUGGUUAAGGAUUCAGCAAAUUCUUGCGCCUGAGCUUGAAAAUCGCUAUUCCAAAAUCUUCAAUUUGUAUCAAGUGAAAUACUUGAAUCUAGAAGUAGCUGGGCAUGCAUGGGUGUGCGAGAAGUGCAUGAUCAAGGGUCGUCGUUGUGGAGAUUUGACAUUGUUAGGAUGUUGAAUAGGUUAGAAUGCCACUAUGCAAUUGACAAGCAUAUGUUUAGAACCUCAGGCAAUAUACAACUCUGCAAAUUCUUGCGCCUCAGCUUGAAAAUGGCUAUUCUGUAAUCUUCAAGUUGUAUCAGGUGAAUUACUUGAAUC